CUUAUCCAGAAAGCUCCGAAAGAGAUGCAGCAGAGUAAAAGCAGUACACGCAAGAUGAGAUGACAAAUAGCGAAUUUUCACGGGACAGAAACACCGAUGUGUGUCGAUUCCAAGGUGGAAAUUGUCUUUAGACACAACUGAUCAAGAUGACGACUAAUUUGACCCCGAAAACGAUAGUGAUCACGACAGUUCGCCGACCUGCCAGCAGCUUGUCUGUGUCGUCUGACAACUCCGACGGCGACAUGGAGACGGCUCCACGGAAAAGACGGCGGCUCACUCACCUUUCUCAAGACGAAAAAAUCAUGAGGAGGAAAAUGAAGAACCGAGUGGCCGCACAAACAGCAAGAGAUCGUAAAAAGGCCUUGAUGACAGACCUUGAAUUCCGUGUGGCUGAACUAGAAGCAGAAAACAGAAGGCUACAGAAAGAGAACAGCAGCCUGAAAAACAAAUCUGGCAGAUUGUCCGAAGAAAACCAAGAACUAAAACAGCGCCUGGGCCAAUUGGACAGCAGUCAUGUCCCCACCAAGAAAGAGCUUGAAUCCCCUGAGUCAGCAGUACUCAACGUUCCUCUGCAGCAGGAGCAGAUUCAAGCUCUCUCCCACUGGGUGACAUACUGUCUGAGCUUCAUGCUGACAAUGAGUCUGACUUUUUGCUUAGCUUGCUCCAGCAAAUCACAGAUGAAGCAAGCCAAGAAAAACCUGGAGACUCAAAACUGGGAGCAGAUUGCACCUCUGGAUUUGUCCCCAGUGAGACGGUCAUCAGCACGCAGCCUGAAGUGGUGGGGCCCUCAACAGAGGAGCUGGAAUCCGUCAAAGAACUGAUCAAAUUUGACCAUGUGUAUUACAAGACGCAGAGUGGUACACCUGUGACCUUGGUCAAACAGGAGACGGAAUGUGUGAAAGAGGACACAAUUCAAUGUGACAUGAAUUCACUGUGCAAACAAGAAAACGAAAUUCCAAUGGAAACCAGUGACCUGGUUCUGGAAGAUUUAGAGACUCUCUUAAUGCAGGCCGUCCCUGCUGAACCAAAGGAGAAAACCAGUAAUGUUUCACAAGGGGAGACAAUUGUGGUGAAAUCAGAAAAACCGAACAGUACUCAACAGAAGUUUGUACUCGCUGACAUACCCGAGAUAGAGUACACAAGUGCUUUGUCUCCUGAACAGUCUCUUGGAUCUUUUUCUCAAUCUGUAAUGGCUUUAUCCCCAUUGUCUGUGUCCUGCACUGAUUCAGGUUUCAGUGACUCCAGCAGUGAUGUAGACUCUCCCUGCAGCAAUAUGACUCCAGCUCUUGGAGAUGACCCGUGGGAAGACUCCUUCACAGAUCUUUUCCCAGAUCUUCUGUGAAAAACGCUGCCUUGAAACUUUUUAUGACUGAAAAUCAUAUGUGUGUAAAUAAAACUUUCCAUAAAUAUAUAUAUAUAUGUUAAUAUAUGAUCAUCACCAGUCCAAGCUGUUUCGACCAGAUUUUGACCACAAAAAGCUCUCAUCUCCUUUAAUCAUGGCUAUUUUGUGGUUGUAGUUUGCAAUUGUUUUUUCUUGUGAAAUAAAACUGGUAGUGAAGCAGUAACA